AUGAGUCAUCAUUCUGCAGGAGAAUAUUAUUCUCAACCGUCAGGUGCCGAUGAUCAUCAUCCACAACUAGAAAAAAGAAGAGCACUUUUAGGCGCCGAGGGACAAGAAUACAUUCUCACAAAGCUAAGCUCGGGUGAUCCUAAAUCAGCGAUUACUUCAUUCCAAAAGCAAUUUUCAUCUUUGUCGAGUGCUGCUGUUUCGUCAAGCAUUCCUCCCAUUCUUGAGUUAACCGAUCUACUCAAUGUACAACGAAACAACUUGUUCUUUGGCUUGAUGAAUCAUUUGAAGAAGAUUCUUCUUGAUAAAAUUGAGAAUGAAAACGAACCAAUUCAAGAGGAGGAACUGUUGGAACAAAUCUUCCCAUAUAUCGGGUUUGAAGAGUUGCGUCCAAUUGUGUAUACCCUCUUGAAGAGAAUGGAGCAAAUUCCGGUCACCUUCUUGCAGCAACUUCAAGCAAAUACUGAGAUUUUUAAAAAUCUUCCGAUUGAAGUGAAAAGACAAGUCUGGGUCAACGAUGAGAACCUCUUCAUUAAACACAUUUCAACGCUUCUGAAGAAGUAUGAUGUGCCACAGAUUCAUCGAACAGAUUUGCUAUCUGGCUAUAAAAUUGAUCCAAAGAAAAAGAGAGAGAAGAAUCAAACUCUAACUAGUAUGAUUAACAUCUUAGGAAAAGACCCUAUUCUUUAUCAUAGGGUACUAGGCUAUUGCAGAAGUCAACUAUUAACAACUGGCAGUAGACACUUCUGCACAUUUAGAUAUGAUCUAUUGAUGGCUCUUCAUGACAACCAAGUUCAGCAGCUUCAUCAAAUGGACAUGUGCCACUAUUUUUGUUGGUGGCUUGAUGCAUGGAUUAGAACCGUUCAUGCUAACCUCUUGAACUAUGUUUUUGUGGAACAUUCAGAGGACAUUAGAAAUAAUUUAACGUACUCCAAGCUUACACCUACGCUCGGCACUUCUGGCUCAAGUGGAUCUCUGACCUCAGCCACAGCAAGCACUGCUACCAAAACCACUAAAAAACCAAAGAAAGGAGGAAAAACUGGAAAAGCAAAAAUCAAAAAAGAAGAACCUGAAAAUCCACCUGUUGGCCAGCAAGCAACAGAUGUAUUAAAGACAGAUUCCAAGCAACAAAUUGUAGUUGCUGGUAUUGAUAGUGAAAACUUGACGUUGAAAGACUUUUUCGAUAUUCGAAGAAUGAAAGAAUUGAGACACUUUUUCGAUAAUGUUAGUCCUGAAAGUGAAGUAUGGGGUGACAUUGCUGUGAUUUGUAGAUCACCUUUUAUAUCGAACACACUGCUGCAGCAAAUAUUCUAUCUCUUGGAGUUUAUUUAUUCACAACACCCAAAUAUGCCGUCAGAGACCCUCGAUAGGGUACUAUUGUCCAUUCCCAUUAAACAAAAGAACAAGAGAAAAGCAACAGAACAGCAACAAGAAGAGAUCUCUUCUUCCAAGAAGAAAACUAAAGUUAAGGCAACAAAGGAACCAACUGUUAACACCAAUACCAAAGGUACCACUAUUAAGAUUUCUUUCAAACCAUCGGAGUCUGCAUCGUCACCAGAGGAGGAAACAACCCCGACUCCUGUACCAACGACCUCACAGGCCACAAUGGACACAAGCCCUGUACCGACAGUUUCUCUUCCUCCUGGUGCGUUGCCAGCUUAUUUGUCUUUUCUCGAAGAUGCCCACAAUGUCAACGACUUUGCGGAAUAUAUUGAAACCCUCACCAGAUUAUACUAUGCUGGAGAGAAGGCUCAAUCUAUGCUCAAGGGUAAAAUGCCUUUCCAGUUGCCUCCACUUCCAGAUUAUUUGUUUGAAUUUUACCCAUUUAUUCAGCGAUUGUUGUUUAGCACUGAGGCCACUCCUGGAUCAAACGUCACAAUUGACAUUCCCGCCUUCCAGGAGCAAUUCAAAAAGCAUUCAUUGGCAAGAAAGUUACUACUCUUUUCCGUCCUUAGAUUCCAUCAAAAUGCCAGAAUUGCUAACUGUAAUUUGCACAGAACUAUUUCUGGUUAUGAUAUAUCAAACGAGCAUCAAGAAACUCAACCUAAGAGCCAAGCUGAGCAGAAAAAGAAAGAUGAUGAUAUUGAAAAAUUUAGAUCAAUUGAUACUCCACAUGAUGGUGCUGUCUAUGCCGCUAAUUUAAACAAAUUUAGAUAUCUCUUUAAGGCAUUAUUCCUUGAAGGAAACACCACUGAGUUAUCGUUGUUCGCAAAAACUGUCAUCCAACGAGAAUUUAACUUUAUUGACUCUCUUAUUGCAGACUGUACUCGACUUGUUAAGGAUAUCCAUCAAUAUUCUAUUCCUGUUCUUCUCUCUGGUAACAUCAAGUGGUUUUUCACUGAUCAGCUUUCUGAAUUGGUUGAUACUUAUUCCAUGCUAUUCGAAAACUUCGUUAUUCCUUACAUUUGCUUUACCAAGCAAGAAAGUUUGUCAUUCCAAAUCAGUGUUAGUACUUGUUUGAAAGAAAUAGCAUCUCUUAGCCAUUUAAUGGGUUCCAUUCUACUCACCAUUCCAAAAGAGGUGUUUGCUAUGAGAGAGAAGAAGGAUGAUGAAGACAUUGACGAUGAAAACAAGAAAUGCAUUCACUCUUUUGAUGAAUAUAAGGAGAAGAUCUUGUCUCUCAAGAACUUUUGUCAAAAUAUCUUGCAACAACUGAAGAAUGUCACUCUUUCAGACGCUCAACUUUCAAAGCUAUUCCAAUCCAUCGAAACACAACUUGCCAAAGAAUGGAAGGCUCUGCAAAGCGAAACAAAAUCUCUACUCCAAUUGCAACAAGAGCAAGAGACACUAGAAAAGGCUAAAAAAGAAAAAUCGAAAGAAACCCCAUCGACACCUUCACCUUUCCCAUUUGCAGGAAAAGUGUUGGCAGGUACUAGCCCUUUCGCUCAACAGUUAUCACCUUUUGGAAAGCCUGUUGCCUUCCCUCACCCUGCCUUGUCCUCAUUAUCACCAUCACAAAUUCCAAAAUUCCAUCAAGUCCCUACUACUUUCAGGUCCCCUGCAGCAUCUCCAAAAACUGAACAACCAAGUGGCUCUCAAAACAAAACUGAUUCAGAUAACAAGAUGGAUGAAAGUAAUGUGUAA